AUGGCCGAAUCUACCAACGAUGCCGUGCUCUACGAGGAGCCUUUCGUCAUCACGGCCAAGGACCACAAGAAGUACGACCGUGCCGCGCGCCUCACAGCCAUCUCCCACGACAACCUCACCAAGCUGGAGCUGGACAUUAACACCGAGCUGCUGCCCAUCUCCCCCGACGAGAACAUUGAGGUGUGCGUGGCAUCGACUCUGAGCUUGGAUGGUUCUGUCGACGAAGAGAGGGGCUGGCGCGAUGUUGGCAAAGGGGGCGUGCAGACCCUGGCUGAUGGCUACGACUACGUCUGCCAUGGCAAGAUCUACAAGUUUGAGGACGGCAAGGCGGCAAAGACCCUGAAAGUCUACGCCUCGUUUGGUGGCCUGCUCAUGGCACUGGAAGGUCCUGAUGCAAAGCUCACCCCACUGCGUGUGGACAGCGUAUACCUCCUGAUCAAGACUUAG